AAGAGUACAGGGAGGAGAGGAUGCAAGUCUAAGGGACACGAGGAGUCUGGGACUGCGCGUGAAGCGGAAGCGUCAUCGCGCAGAGCCAGUGUCACGAGAUCGUUCAACAGGAAGCUCAAGGAUUCCAACCAUUGCAUACGUGGCCGAGCAGGGCGACCGCGACUGAAAAUGUGCCACGCGUGAAGUCAUAGCAGAUCCAAACCAGCAGCACCAGCUGGGCGAGCCUCCGGCCGACACCAGGGAGUCGGAACAGAUGCAGACGGUUGACGUGUCGUGGAGGUUUCUUCGGCACCAGAUUUUCCGGGGCCUCGCAGACUUCGACGACUUCUGCAGUUCUACCGCUGUGGCAUAUAAAUCUGCGGCAGCUUCUGAACAUAGCGUACCAAUCGCAUCCUUUCAUUCGCAGCCCAAGUUAGCAGACGCUGGUCCAUCCCAGUUUCGUUGUACACGGCGGCGUACUCUUCUUAGUCCAGUGACAGUGACAGCUGCAGCUCAGAUUUACAGUUGAAACCUCGGAUCGAUCGGACAAGAUGUCGAGCUUGAUCCAGAAAGCCAAGGAGAUGGCUGUGGACAAGCUGUCCCAAGUGCCCAAGCCGUCAUGUGAGCUAUCAGAUCUGGACUUCAAGGACGUGAGUAGGAAGAAUGUGACCAUGGCGGGCAUCGUAUCGAUCACCAACCCUUACGAUCAUGACCUGCCGGUCGUCACUAUCACCUACAAGAUCUUCUCGAACAACCGAGAGAUUGGAUCAGGACAGCUAACAGACCCAGGUGACAUCAAAGCUCUCGACAAGACAAACAUCGAACUUCCAACAGUAGUACCUUAUGACUUUCUGUGGAACCUGAUGAAAGACGUCGGAGCUGAUUGGGACAUCGAUUACAAAUUCGAAGUGGGCGUUCAGUUCAAACUGCCUAUAGUCGGCAAAUUCACCCUGCCGUUGGAAACAUCCGGAACUAUGAAGCUUCCAACACUCUCAGACAUGUUUUAGACAGGUGUUAUCUUCCAUACAUUCUGUAUUUUGCUGAUAUGUAAAUAAAACUUCGGAACUGAAAAAAAUAAAAAAGUAGAACAUUCUCUUCAC